AGCAUACACACCCUUCAUUUCAACCCCUCCUUCCCAUUUCUCAUGUAAGUGUGCCAUACAUUUCAAGCUGUCACAAAAGUCUAAAAUCCCUCUCUCCCAUCUAAAAUCCCAUCUACCCACCUUCAAAUCCAUGCUUCCUUAUCUCAUUCUCCUUGCCUUCCCUCUACUUGGCCAUGAGAAUCUCACAUCUAAUAGGAUUUCUCUUAUGGGUCUCUCUCCUUUUCUUCUUGAUUCAUGGGUGGGGCCAUGUGAGGUCUAGUAACACUAAUCUCAUCCAUCCUAGCUUGAUAAAGAUCAAUCGAAAGGCGUUGAUGAGCGAGUUCGAUUUCUCAUCGUUCAAUCCUCAGCAUCGACCAUACACGCCGGUUGAGCCGGAUCCCCCCAGCGAGGAGAUCGAUCCAAGGUAUGGAGUUCAAAAGCGAUUAGUCCCGACGGGCCCGAACCCACUGCACCAUUGAGGUUACACAAGGUGGUAGUGUUUAUGUAUGAUGUGUUUAUGAUCAUGCUUACACUCAUGCAAAUGGACACAAAAUGGAUGGUGGGUAAUCAAUAUUACUUGCAUAUUUACAUUCUUUUUAAGGUGAUACAAAAACCCAAUUGAGAUCAAUCAACAAUAAGCUCUUGGAAUGUAUGUUUAAUGAGUAUACAUGUGUAUGUAUGUAUGUAACAUGUUAUAUUACCUCUGAAGUUCUUGUGCACAUGAUCUUCUUUA